GCUGGCCAGCAUGGCGGCUUCUCAGUCGCAAGCGCUUGCGAAGCGCAGCUCAGACACGGCGCUCAUGCCGCCGCCGCCUGCUCCGAAACGACAAAAGCGGCCAGCGAAAGUCCUGGACGAGGAUGUCUACUCCGAUGCCCUCUCGCACAUCAUCGCGCGCGACUUCUUCCCUGGACUGUUGGAGACGGAAGCUCAGAAAGAUUACUUGGAAGCUCUGGACAGCAACAACAAGGACUGGAUUCGAGAGUCAGGGAGGAAGUUGUCCCAGGUCAUGACGCCAGUGCCUGACGGGCAGCGAAGGUCUGGAAGAGGAACAAGUUUUACGCCUAGAAGGGCUGCCACGAUUGGGGAUACGCCACGAAGCUAUGUCGGCGGCACACCCGGUCAAACCCCAAUCAACGAUGAUUUCGCUCCAGAGGUUACAGCUCAAGAGGUCGACGUCAACCUGUCCUUGGGAGCAUUUCAGGCAAAGUAUACCUCCGAAGACAACGAGAGCUUCAACGAACUGCUCGACAAGCAAAACCAGAAACGCGCGGCGAAGUACACAUUCUUCCACAACGGGAACAAGAUACCAUCAGCGAGGCAAAUUGCGUAUCGCGAGCGCGAGCAGAAGCUGGUGGGCAACGGUGGCUCGUCUUCGGAUGCACUGGUCGCUGUUCAAGGGCCGAGUGAUCUCGACGCCCGACCAGCGUCAGUGGACAGCUUUCCCAACCGGCAGGGACCUCGCAACCAGUUCAUGUUCGGUCCGGACAGUGUCGAAGACCGCCUCAUCACUAGAGCACAGCUGGCGGAGGAAGCAUCGAACGCGCCUCCCAAAGCAGUGAAAUAUGCAGCUACUCGGUUCCCGGCUGCUAUCGAUACAGAGCACAUCGUCCCUGCAAGUCCAUCCAUGAGUGCAAUUGACGCGGCCAUAGCUGGUCGGCCCAUGCCUGCGGACUCUGAAUCCGGAUAUGGUGGCGCGGAAACACCCCGAGUGAAUGGAUACGCCUUCGUGGACGCAGAGCCUACUCCAAGCGAGCUAGGCAUCCCAGUUUCCGAUGAAGAGGCCGAUGCCGCCGAGCGUGAAGCUGUCAGCAAGCUCCUGCCAGCGGUCGACGAAAGUCCAAAUCCAUUCAACAUUGCAACUCGUAGCAAACGCGAAGACCUGCAUCUCAGACUGGUCGAGAAAGCGGACUCAGGACGUAGAACGGGUGGCAGAAUGGAGCAGCUUCGGAAUCUGGGUAUCACGCCGGGACGAACACCGACUCCGAAGUUCGCGAGCGCGAGCGGUCGCAAAGGCACAGCCAUGACGCCUGCUGCGCAAAGUCUUGCUAACCGGAUAGGCACGCCGCGUCGUCAAGGUGGAAUCUUUGAUGACGGACGGAAGGAGCAAGCCGGAUGGACACCGACACCCAAAGUGAAGCGGCCAAGCUGAGAGACAAACGAUACCCACGAACUGAUGAUUGAUAAUGCGAUAUACCUCGCUUUGGACCCCAAGGGUGACGGGUCGCAGAUAAAGCUGAAGCGAUUUGGUGGAUGCAAUGCAGCCUGAACCUUUGCUAUUGGAUAUGAGCAGCUUGGGAGCGUCACACUUCAGGCAAGUACC